AUGGAUAGCUCAAUAACACUUCCCUAUUAUGGAUGUCCUUGCGCUGGAGCUACCUCUCGAGUCCGACCAUGCCCAAUAACCGUUUGCCCAUCAGCGCCCUAUUGCGAUACUGGAUACGGAAGAUAUCUGAGCUCUGGCACUUAUGUAUGCGGAAAUGUGAGCCUGCCGAGUGAUUAUGAGGCCCCAAGUUGCGUCUUGAACACCGUUUUGGACACAUGUCCAUGCCCAGUAGGAGGUGUCUGGUCAGCGUGGCAAGCCGCUGGAACUUGUACGGCCACUUGUGGACUUUGUGGUAUGGUUGCGCAGACGCGUACCUGCCGAUCAGCCAGCUAUGGCUGCCCUUGCAGUGGUGAUACGACUCGAUCACUCCCUUGUCCAAAGAACCCAUGUGCUGGCCCGGACUGCUGUGGAUCGUAUCCAGUGGUUAAAAAUUUGGACACUGGGAACAAUCAGUGUGGCUUGCUGCUCCCACCUUAUCCUGUUUUACCGUUACCCACAUGCCCGACGACAACUACCAGCUCAACGAGCAGUAGUACAACGACUACGGGGACGGAUACAACAACAACGACAACUACAACAACCACAACAACUACUACUGGCACUGAUACGACAACUACAACAACCACAACAACCACAACAACUACCACUGGCACUGAUACAACAACUACAACAACUACAACAACCACAACAACUACUACUGGCACUGAUACAACAACUACAACAACCACAACCACAACCACAACUACAACAACUACAACAAGCAGAAAUUGCCAAUCAUGCACAAUAGCCGAACUCAAUGCUAUUAACGGGAACGGUGACGCGUUUUGGAUUCAAGGAUCAGUGCUAGUUGAUGGGUCCACUGGCUGUAAGAUUUGUGGCUGGAGCUGCAAUGCAACCACACAAGCGGCUGUUCUCGAAGUGCUCGCCACUGAUUUAACCACGCAAAUUUUCUAUGACGAUACUCAUUGUGGAUUUAUCGAUAACGAUCUCUUUGGAAGGUUCGAGUGCUCUUCGGUCGGAGUAUGGCAGUUUAAGAAUACUGGCGGAGUGUACACAGAUAUGGGAAAAUACACGUGCAGUAAAGGCGACUGUCAGACAACAACAUCGACAACAACGACGACAACUACUACAACUACGACCACCACCACUCUUCCCGGUUGUGCUUGCCCGACUAUUGCAACGGCGGUCAAUCCAGCUCCAACUGGACCGUUCACUGCACAACCGACAGGGCUCAGCACAUGUGUCCCGUUCUCGAACACCUUUAGCUGUCAAAGUGCUGGCGUUGACCCAACCCUUUUGAUCAAUCAAGUGGUUUGGGAUGAUAGUGGAAACGUGUUGAGGAAUGUCUCGUUCUGCAGCCAGGACAGUGCGACAAAUGCUUUGCCGCUCACAUGUGACUCGAUUGCAGCUCCCGGUGACUCAGUGAACUACUACAAGUAUCAGGGAUCAAUCUGGGCUUACUCUUUGUGCUUAAACAUGGGCUAUGCUGUGGAAUGCGAUCCGAACCCGACCACGACGACCACUACUACCACCACUACCACCACGACGACCACAACAACCACCACGACUACCACUACAACAACGACCACACUUCCCGGUUGUGCUUGUCCAACUAUCGCAACGACCGUCAACCCAGCACCAACUGGACCGUUCACUGCACAACCGACAGGGCUUAGCACAUGCACUCCAUUCUCGAACACCUUCAGCUGUCAAAGUGCUGGCGUUGAUCCAACCCUUUUGAUCAAUCAAGUGGUUUGGGAUGAUAGUGGAAACGUAUUGCGGAAUGUCUCGUUCUGUAGCCAGGACAGUGCGACAAAUGCUUUGCCGCUCACAUGCGACUCGAUUGCAGCUCCCGGUGACUCAGUGAACUACUACAAGUAUCAGGGAUCAAUCUGGGCUUACUCUUUGUGCUUGAACAUGGGCUAUGCUGUGGAAUGCGAUCCGAAUCCGACCACGACGACCACUACUACCACCACGACUACCACCACAACUACACUCCCUCAAUGCUCUUGCCCCAAUGCGGCGACUUCAGUCAACCCAGCACCCACUCAGCCAUAUCCAGCUAUACCUACUGGUCUCAACACCUGCACUCCAUUUUCAACCACUUUCCAUUGUGCCGCAACUGGUGUGAAUUCCACAACGCUGGUUAAUCAAAUAUCCUGGGAUGAGAAUGGAAACGUUCUGAGAAACGUGUCCUUCUGCAGUCAGGACAUCACAACGAACACAAUGCCGAUCACUUGUGACUCUGUGGCAGCUCCUGGUGACUCGGCGAACUACUACAAAUAUCAGGGAUCAAUUUGGGCCUACACUCUAUGCUUGAAUCAAGGAUACAGUGCAACUUGUGAUACGCCACCU